AUGGUUCAUUUCGAAGACCUUCGCCAGACGGCCUACAAUGCCGAGAACGACCUAAACUCGUACCAGGCUAAGCAAGGCCUUGGUCGGAAGAGCGACUCGACCCUCGAGUCCGGCGUUGAUGAGAUGGUCGACCAGCGAUUCCCUCAAUCAAGAGGCGUCAAGUAUGGCCCUGGAUCAGUAGCUUCUCGUAGUGACCACCGCAAGAUUCCCGAGGACGAGGGUGGCACCCGGGACGAUCGUGGCAGACUAGCUACGGGAGAGCAGUACCUGGGAGAGGGUGGCCCGGAGGACAAGAUUAAGAUAAAAUCCCAGUACCGGCCUGGUGACCAGGACAGUAUCAAUGUGCAGACUAUGAAGCGCCGGGGAAUUGCGGAUUAG